AUGUCUAAUAAUGAAACAAAAGUCGCUGUUGAUAGUAAUAAAACAGAGGUUAAAUCCCCUUUACUUCAAUUUGAAAAACAAAUUUUUUCAGACGUGCAAGAAAAAGAUGGUCUUUUAAUUAUGGCAAAGGGUAUAAAUUACAAUAGAAUAUUAGAAAAUAUUAUAUGGAUUUAUAAGGAUCCUGGUAAUUUAGUUUUAGUUUUAAAUAGUAGCGAUGAAGAAGAAAAGUAUUUUACGACAAAGUUUAAGUUAACUUCCCUAGCAAGCAAUGGAGCUGAAAGGGCAAGAACUUAUUUAGAAGGAGGAGUGUUUUUUGUGUCAACUCGGAUUUUGGUUGUGGAUUUAUUAAAAAAUAGAGUUCCAGUUACACAUAUUACUGGCAUAAUAGUGUUAAGGGCACACACUGUUCUAGAAUCAUGUCAAGAAGCAUUUGUGCUUAGGUUGUAUAGACAGAAAAAUAAGACUGGCUUCAUCAAAGCAUUUUCUAACUCGCCAAUAUCGUUUACAUUUGGGUACCAUCAAGUUGAAAAGGUUAUGAGAGCUCUCUUUGUAACAGAACUGUACUUGUGGCCUAGGUUUCAUGGUGUUAUCAUCAAUAGUCUCAAAAGCAGGCAAGCUGAGGUCGUUGAGCUACAAAUCCCUCUUACAACAAAAGCCAUUCAUAUACAGAUGUGCCUUCUGGAUAUAAUGAAUUACACAGUUAAACAACUCAAAAGUAUUAAUAGAACACUUGAUAUGCAGGAAAUAACAACAGAAAAUUGUAUAACAAAAAAAUUUCAUAAAAUACUUCAAUCACAACUUGAUUGUGUAUGGCACCAACUAAGUAAUAGAACAAAAGAAUAUAUUCAAGAUUUAAAAGUUUUGAGAAGUAUGAUUGUAAACCUUAUUCAUGAUGAUCCAGUAUCAUUUUAUGCUCUAGUCAGUAAAUAUAGGACACCAGAGUAUGCUAAAGUUAAUUCUGGAUGGAUUUUACUAGACUCUGCGGAACAAUUGUUUGGAUUAGCUAGAGGAAGAGUUUAUAACAGUAAAAAUGAAUUUGAUCCUGAGUUUUGCCCUAAAUGGAAAUAUCUCAGUGAACUACUGUUAGAAGAAAUACCUCAAGAAGUAAAGAAAAAGGGAAAUGGAGCAGUACAUAGUACAAAAGUAUUAAUAUUAUGUCAGGACAAUAAAACAUGUUCUCAGUUAAACAGUUACCUCAUAAUGGGGGCAAAUAAGUAUCUUUUCUACACAGCUUUUAGGCGAGACCUUACAAUAAAUGCAGUGUCUUCUAAAUAUAAAACUUUGAAAAAGUCUGUGCCUGUAAACACAGAAAAAGAUAAGGGAGUCCAAUCAAAUAAUACACAAGAAUUAACAGAUAAUGUAAAAAAUGAGAUCGAAGAUGAAGAUUUUAUGGCUGAGGAGUUAAGUAAAUCGAACUACAUCUUAACACUUAGCCAGUUGCCAGUUGAAAUAGAAAAAAAUUCAUCCAACGAAAGCAUGUUUGAACCACUGUCACAGCUGGAUGAUUUAAAUAUUACCCAAAUUGAAUCAGAGAAGCCUCUAAUCUGCAUCCAAACAUUCAAACAAAACGGCAAUAAUUUCUCUCUUGAACUAACAUUAGAAAGUUUAAGGCCUGAGUACAUUAUAUUGUAUCACAGUGACAUGUCGGCUGUUAGACAAAUUGAACUAUUUGAAAGUAGGAAGAAAGUUGAGGAACCAAGAUCCAAGGUGUACUUCCUUAUUCAUGAUAAAACUGUUGAAGAGCAAGCAUACCUGACAUCUUUAAAGAGAGAAAAACAAGCUUUUGAGUUGCUUAUUGAAACAAAAAGCGUGAUGGUAGUGCCUUCUUAUCAAGAUGGAAAGACAGAUGAAUAUUUCAAUAGAAAUAUAGAAGAAGAAGAUAAUACAGUUGAUACUCGGAAAGCAGGUGGGCAAAACAUUAACAAGGAGAAUCCCUUAGUUAUAGUAGAUAUGAGGGAGUUCCGAUCUGACCUUCCAGCGCUCCUACAUAAAAAGGGGAUCAAUAUUGAACCUGUCACCAUUACUAUUGGCGACUACAUACUGACGCCAGACAUAUGUGUCGAACGGAAAUCAAUAUCAGAUUUGAUAGGUUCCCUGAACUCCGGGCGUCUCUACACGCAGUGCACUCAAAUGUGUCGCAACUACAGCCGCCCGAUAUUACUCAUUGAGUUCGACCAAAAUAAGCCGUUUAAUUUACAGGGUAAUUUGGUCGUGUCCACGGAUCUGUCGGGCGCAGACAUUCGGCAGAAGCUCCAAUUGUUGACAAUACAUUUUCCAAGACUAAAACUUGUGUGGUCGCCAAGCCCGUACGCCACAGCUGAACUUUUUUAUGAGUUGAAGCAAGGCAGAAAGAACCCUAAUGUGGACGAGGCUAUAUCUCUGAGCGGCGAAAACACAGCUGAUGAUAUGAGUUAUGAGAGAUACAACAUAUUAGUCCACGAUUUUGUGCAAAAACUUCCCGGCGUCACCUCGAAAAAUAUUUCUAGAAUAAUGAACAGAGGUCAAUCUUUAGACCACUUAAUAUCGCUUACAAAGGAACAAUUAACAGACAUCUUAGAAAAUAGAGGGGAAGCAGAAAUUCUUCACUCAAUACUACAUGUCAAACCUAAGCCAGAUACAAGCAAGGAAGACAAGCCUUUCGGAAAGAAAAAAUUCACUGGAAAACUGUUUAAAAGCAUUAAAUAA